UUACCGCCAACACAACCAAAACAUCCACAGCCAACGCAUCAAAAGGUUCAGCCAUGCUGUCACGCGUUCUCGGCCAAGGUCUCCGCCUCGGCGCUAGGGGAUCUCCGGCUCUCACUUCCCUCGGCGGUGCACGGCGUCUCCUCAACAUCCACGAAGCGGAUAGCCAGGAGCUGAUGAAGUCCUAUGGGCUCAACGUCGCCCGUGGCGCAAAGGCCAAGUCCCCAGAGGAGGCCGUCACUGCUGCCAAGUCCAUGAGCACGUCGAAGGUCGUGCUCAAGGCGCAGGUGCUUGCUGGUGGACGUGGCAAGGGUGUCUUUGACAACGGCUUUUCUGGCGGCGUCCACGUCCUCGACAACGACGAGUCAAAGGUGCGCGAGAUUGCCUCGCAGAUGAUUGGGCACAACCUCAUCACCAAGCAGACUGGCAAGGAGGGCCGUCCGUGCAACAUGAUCCAAGUUGUGGAGGCUGUGAAUGUGCAGAAGGAGUUCUACCUUGCUCUUCUCCUUGACCGCGCCGCCAUGGGCCCUGUGAUGAUUGGCAGCUCCCAAGGUGGCAUGGACAUUGAGGCCGUUGCCGCUGAGAACCCCGAUGCCAUUGUCAAGCUCCCCAUCGACAUUGACGGAGGCCUGAGCAUGGAGGCCGCCACGAACUUUGCGCGUCAAAUGGGCAUCCCGGACAGUUGCGUCGACAGCGCCGCCGACCAGAUGGUCAAGCUCUACCAGCUCUUCCUCGAGCGCGACUGCUCCCUUGUUGAGAUCAACCCCUUUGCGCAGGUCGGCCCCAGCGAGGUGAUGUGCCUCGAUGCCAAACUCAACUUUGACGACAAUGCUGAGUUCAGGCAGUCGGGCGUCUUUGAGAAGCGCGACACCACCCAGGAGAACAAGGCUGAUGUUGAAGCUGCCAAGUUUGACCUCAACUACAUCCAGCUGGACGGCAAUAUUGGCUGCCUCGUCAACGGCGCCGGUCUUGCCAUGGCAACCAUGGACAUCAUUCAGCUGCAUGGUGGCAGCCCGGCCAACUUUCUUGAUGUCGGCGGCGGCGCCACUGCCCGCCAGGUCACAGAGGCCUUCAAGCUCAUCACACAGGACCCCAACGUGUCUGCGAUCCUUGUGAACAUCUUUGGUGGCAUUAUGCGCUGCGACGUGAUUGCCGAGGGUAUCAUCCACGCCGCAUCAGACCUCGACCUCUCCGUCCCCAUCAUCGUCCGCCUCCAGGGCACGAACCGGGAGGAGGCCAAGGAGAUGAUUGCCAACAGCGGGCUGGACAUCAUCUCGUCGGAUGAACUUGACGACGCCGCGUUCCGCGCUGUGCAGCUGUCCAAGAUUGUUGAGCUGGCGCGCCAGGCGCACGUGCACGUGACGUUCAGGGAGGCUGAGCGCCCCCACCACGACGACGACGUCAUGACCCCUUACUUCACCUAAGCGAUGAUCACCGCAACGUCCCACCUCAUCCACCCUCUUUCUCGGCCCAGGCACAACAACUUGCACACACACACACACACAAAAGCAUGCACACAUGCACACAUAUGCACACACACACACACACAAGCAUGCACACAUAUGCACACAUGCACACAUGCACACAUAUGCACACACACCGCCCUUGGUUCUUCUUCUCCUCGCUGCUGACACACGGCGUGCGCGCGUGCGCGCGUGUGCUUUGGUGCUGCCCUGUGCUGCUGCUGCUGUUGUUGUUGUUGCCUUUCCCUUGUGCUGGGAUUUUGUCCUUCCUUCCUUCCAUGGUUCGUCUUGGGUGUGUCUUCCCUUUUUGUGCUUAGGCAACUGUUGCUUGGUGUCUGUGUGUUUGUUCUGGCUCGCUGUGGAGGCAACAAAGGUGGUGGUUGUUGUAGCGCCCUUGUACUGACUGUUUGCUUGUGGGUUUGCUGUGUGCGCGAUUGUGUUUUGAGGUGUGUUACUCGUGGACAGUGUGAACGCACGCACACCCGCGCGUAUGUGUGCGUGAUUGAUUGUUUGCCGUGUGUGUUUGGCUUGCGUGUACUGGACCUUCCUUCGCCUCUCUUCUCUUCCUGUUCCCUGUUCGAUUGAUUGAUUGACUGCUUCUGCUCGCUCGCUCGCUUGUCUCUGUGUGUUUGUUUGUUUGGUGUAUUGCUGGUGAUAUGGCUGUCUCCGAGACCUCAUCACAAUAGACAACAAAAGGCUUGAGA